AUGCCUUGCGCAGGCAACUCCAGUCUACUCUGCGGAGGUCCCAGCGGUUUGACAUUGUACAACAAUACCCAAUGGGCGUUGAUGACAGCUGCCCCUUCUCAGCCAACCGGUCCAGUCACGGUGCCAAGUGCUGGUCGGUACCAAUAUGUCGACUGUCAUACUGAAGUCAGCAAUGGCCGCGCCUUGUCUGGAUCCGCUAUCGUAUCGAACGACAUGACAGUACAGUACUGUGCUGGCAAUUGUACCGGUUACGCAUUCUUCGGAGUCGAGUACGGUCAAGAGUGCUACUGCGGAAACACCUUGAACACAGGAUCAGUAACCGCUACUGAUCAACGAUGCUCCAUGACUUGUGCGGGAAAUUCUUCGACUAUUUGUGGCGGACCCAACGGUUUGAGCCUGUACAAGCUUGUCGUGGCGUCUUUGAGCUCGAGCAUUUCCAGAUCGAGCACCAGUAGCAUACUAGCAUCAACGUCAGUGAACCCAAGUCAGAUCGCCAAUUCUACCACGACCACAGCUCCGAGUAUCGCGCCCUCGUCACAUUCUUCAAACACAAUCAGAGCGACUACUUCGUCAAGUUUUGCCAUGUUCAUCAGCGUCACGACAUCCUCGACAUCUUCAAAAAGUUCUGUCAGUACAAUAACGACCUUGUCUUUGUCAAGCGCCUCUUUGCCCACAUCGACUCUGAUCUUGAUCGACACUUCAAUCUCAAAUCCCACCACAUCAGUUCGAUCCACUUCAAGCGCCAAUGCCACUGCUACUUCUGGCAUCAAUGUGUCGUCUCCAAAUGCGACGUCCCUGCGGACUCCGCCCUCCUCUUCAGGCAGAACCUCAGCGACCAGCGCGUCCGGCACCUUGGCCAGCAGCUCUUGGACGGUGAGCACUUCUCGUUCAGAGUCUCCAGCCUACGUCUCAACGAGUGGCGCAGCUUCUUAUGUUUCUUCGACAGGCUCCGGGACUACUAUUAGGUCAAGCACUACUUCCAUCUCAAGUUUGAGCAUUCUCGUGACUUCAACCACAGCGAGGGCUUCUUCUGUGUCAGCUACGUCUGUCAGCUCCGGCUUCAGUACCAUCUUUGUAGCUCGGACUUCAACAACGAGCGCAACGUUCGCCUCUACAAGUUCAAGUUCGGCCACGACAGGCAUCUCGACUCUAGUCAACUCAGUAACUAGCCAAACCUCGACCCAACCGCGGAUCAGCGCAUCUACUUCGAACUCAGGUUCCGGUUUUGUUUCCGGUUCGACAUCGACACCACCACGAACAAGUUCUACAUACCAAGGCAGUGUCACUUCCAGUUCCAGUUCGUCUAAGCCAUCCUCAUUGUUUACCACAAACAUUUCUACAACUUCGAGUAGUACCAGAUUGACGACUACAACUACAGCUAGGACCACAACUACAAGAUCGAUGUUAGGAUCAAGUACUACUACCACGUCUCCGAUACCCAGCUCGACCACCAUCGCCGCCGACCCCUUCCUUCCGAAUGUUUACAUAGGUUGUGCCGCCGAGCUAUCCAACAUUCGUCUGCUAUCGAGUGCAUCGUUCACAAACUCCAGCAUGACAAUCGCGUCAUGCCUCUCAUUCUGCACAUCCCAGUUCAUGCCUCUGGCCGGACUCGAAUACGGGCGUGAAUGCUACUGCUCGUCGUCCCUGCCGCCCAACACGCCGCUGAACCAGACGGGCUGCACCAUGGCCUGUGCCGGCGACGGGGACGUCGACGUCACACAACCCACUUGCGGCGGCCGCUCGCGCCUGAGCAUCUUCAACAACACGCUCCUCAGCCCGCCCGGGCCCAAGCCCGUGAUAUCGCCGCCGUCGCCGUCGGCCUCGCCCGGCGGCUCCGUCUACUACACGUACGCCUACCAGGGCUGCUUCACGGACCCGAGCAGUUCCCAGCGCGCCUUGUCCGGAUACAGCGCCAGCGACAGCGCCAUGACGCAGGAAAAGUGCGUGGCGACGUGCGCCGGCCGCGGCUUCAAGUUCGCCGGCGUCGAGUACGCCAGGGAAUGUUACUGUUCGGACACGCUGGCCACGGCUGGUGGAAGCGGAAGUGGGAACGGAAAGAGCCUUCAGGUCGGCGAAGGCGAUUGUGGUAUGCCGUGUGCCGGCGACAAGAGUGAAGUCUGUGGUGGAAGCAGUAGGAUCGGCGUGUGGAUGGCUUCGUCGUCGUCGUCGUCGUCGUCGCCGUCGUCUUCUCCGUCUUCUCCGUCUUCUUAG